AUGGAUAGAAAGCAAGAACAAGACAAGGGGAAUUCUAACAUGUCUGGCAUUGAUGUUACUCUAAUAACUCCCAAAGUCCCAAAAGCAGUUUCACCUGUUUCUUCAGCAGCAGAGGGGGACACCUUAAGGCGGCCACGUGGCCGGCCAGCAGGCUCGAAAAACAAACCUAAGCCACCAAUAAUUGUCACCAGAGAUAGCGCUAACGCACUGAAGGCUCAUGCCAUGGAAGUGAGUUCAGGCUGUGAUGUAAAUGAAAGUUUGUUGAACUUUGCAAGGAGAAAGCAACGUGGCCUUUACAUACUCAAUGGGACAGGCUGCGUAACAAAUGUAACACUGCGCCAGCCAGGUUCAUCUGGUGCCAUUGUAACCCUUCAUGGUAGGUUUGAGAUUCUGUCACUGCUGGGGUCAAUCCUUCCCCCACCAGCCCCUCCAGGGAUCACAGGCCUCACAAUUUACUUGGCAGGUGCUCAAGGGCAAGUUGUGGGCGGUGCUGUGGUUGGUGCUUUGAUUGCUUCCGGCCCUCUAGUAAUCAUGGCUGCAUCCUUCAUGCAUGCCACUUUCGAUCGUCUGCCUUUAGAAGAUGAUGAACUUGUUGCUGCAAUGCAGAAUCAGCAUUACCAAAAUGGACGCACCCACCAUCUUGAUAUCUCUGACUUGUACGCAAUGCCGCAGAACCUCCUCAUGAAUGGUACAAUGCCCCCGGAGAUAUACUCUUGGGCACCAGGGCGGAACUUAUCAAAAACCUGA